GGUUAAUGUAUAUUUCACAGCAUUUGUCAGGUCGGGGUUAAUGGUAAAUAUAUUCCAUGGCGUUUGUAACCCCGCACCUCGCCGAAUUAAGUCGUCAUUAAGGCCAUUCUUCCAAAGUUUGCCCUUUAUCUACUCUUCAGUUUUUGUUGACAAGUUUCUACUCGUAUUUUCAAUCCAUUCUACAAUAUAACAAUCAUCAUGACACGCGUACUUCUUACAGGUGGCAGCGGCUUUAUCGCUGCCCACGUUCUGGAGUCUCUCCUUACCCGUGGCCACUCUGUGGUGACAACUGUUCGCUCUCAAGAGAAGGCCGACAAGAUCAAGCAGGCAUACCCUGAUCUCGGCAAGGACAAGCUUGACUUCGCUAUCGUCGAGGACAUUGCCCAGGAAGGUGCAUUCGACAAGGCCGUGAUCUCGGACCCGCCGUUUGAGAGUGUCAUCCACACUGCGUCUCCAUUCCACUUCAACGUCACAGAUACCAAGAAGGACCUCCUUGACCCCGCCAUCAAUGGAACAACAGGCAUCCUGAAGGCUAUCAAGAAGAGUGCCCCGUCAGUCAAGCAUGUGGUUAUCACGUCAUCCUUCGCUGCCAUUCUCAACGGAGCCAAGCUUCCUAACUGGCCCGAACACACCUAUACCGAGGAGGACUGGAACCCGAUAACAGAAGAGCAAGCCCUUACAAGCCCGGCAGAGGGUUACCGAGCCAGCAAGACCUUCGCCGAGAGAGCUGCAUGGGACUUCGUCUGUGACGAGAAGCCCAACUUCGCAAUCAGCACCGUCAACCCCCCGAUGGUCUUCGGGCCAGUCGUCAACUACCUCAACUCCCUGGAUUCGCUGAACACAUCCAACCAGCGCAUUCGUGACUUCGCCCAGGGCAAGGCAAAGAACGGUCUGCCAAACUCCGGCAUCUACCUGUGGAUCGAUGUCCGCGACCUGGCUCUCAUCCACGUGAGGCAGAUUGAGGUCCCAGAGGCACAGGGCAAGCGUUUCUUCGCUACCGCUGGGUACUUCUCGAACAAGGAGAUCGCAGAUGCUAUCAGGAACAACUUCCCCGAGUACAAGGACAACUUGCCCGCUGCGGAUGCGCCAGGCGAUGGCGACUAUCCAAACGGUUCUACCGAGUCCCUGCACAAGUAUGAUAACAGCCGUACCGUUAAGACGCUUGGUAUCAAGUUCAGGACCAUCGAGGAGAGCAUUGUGGACCUGGUUAAGUCGCUGAAGGCCGUCGGUUUGUAAGUAGACUGUCUAUAUAGAGCUAUUUAGCUAAAUUGUUUUUGGCAAUAUAUUUAGACGGCGUACAGCAAAUACCACCAGAAGCCAACUUUGAUAUCGACUUAUUUAUACACAGUACAGAUAUAUAUACUAGAAUAGUCAACCUAAUACUACUAUACUACAAUAUCAAUACAAUUCCAC